AUGGUGAACUCAAAGAAUAAUAACUCAGGAAAGAAGACUUUUGGCGUUUCUCUUCUUACCAAAUUGGCCAUAUUUUCUGUUUUCGUUGGGACCUUAAACACCUUUACCUUUAGUAACAAUGGUGAGUGCUCAAACAACCAACUUGCUGUCGGGUCCGUGUCAAACGCACAAUACAGCAGAUGCUUAGCAGAAAAACCUGAACCAUCAACACCGUCUACCUCCGGCAAAAAAAGCAAAGAGAAAUCAAGUAAAAAAAAGAGUCUGUUCAAAAAAAGCAGCAAAAAAGGUGAAGGAUCAGCAGAAGACGGAGCUGGUUCCCCUGAAAUUCCCAAAGAAAUUGGCGAAAAAGAAAUGGAACAAUUAGGAAACAUAUUUCAAGAAUUAACAGAGAAGUUAAGUGUAGGAGAUUGUUUAAAACAAUAUGAAGGACAGAUGGAGGAAUUCGCAAAGAAAUUUGAAGAAGGUAAUGAGGAAAGUCUCAACAUGGACUUCUGUAAAGAUUUAUUUGGAAAUUUGGCAAAUUCUUUGAUAGAGGCAUAUGCUAAAGAUACAAGUGAAGAAAAGAAAUUGAAAAUGAAAAGAAAUGCCGAAAGAGCUACCAACAGGUUGCUUAAGUACUGUUUGAGAGAGCAGAAAAAACAUAACAAAGGUAAGGAUAAAGGAAAGGAAAAAGGAAAGAAAAGUGAAAAUGGAAAGGUAAAUGAAAAGCCAAAGGAAAAUGAAAAGCCAAAGGAAAAUGAAAAGCCAAAGGAAAAUGAAAAGCCAAAGGAAAAUGAAAAGCCAAAGGAAAAUGAAAAGCCAAAGGAAAACGAAAAGCCAAAGGAAAAUGAAAAGCCAAAGGAAAAUGAAAAGGAAAAAGAGAGUAAAAAAUAA